AUGUUCUGGACUUCCGAGCCCUCGUCGCCCAAAGGUGCGAUUUUCGGGACUUCCGAGCCCUCGGUAUCUCGAGGGGCGUCGAGCGCUCGGGAGUCCCCGGAAAUCGACGAGGGCUCGGAAAUACCCCUCGAACGCUUAUAUCGAGGGUCCGAAGUGCCAUUUUCCGAGGGGUGGAGCCCUCGAGGAAGGCCCAUCGAAAGCACAUUUCCGAGCACUCGAAGUACCCCUCGAACAACUGGUUGGGUAUAG